AUGUCGGAAUGUGAAGGAACAAGUACCCGUCUGGUAGAUUACGUUGUCAUCAUCGAGUUCGACGAAACUCAAAUACGACAUGGGAGCAGUGUUGGGAAUAUUGUACAGCGCUUCCCAAAAUAUGAUUGGUCAGAUAUAUCACUAUCACCAAGCCUUGAAGUGUUUUCUCAACCACAAGGUUGGGCGCUUUCGGCGGAAAUGCGUCCUGUUUGCUUCUUCGCGAAUACACUGACGGAUAUUAUGGGUGCUAGGCAAUAUGCUUGCUGUUUGCAGGUUUACGAGCCAUGUGGAGAUGAUAUCGAAGAGGUGGAUGAUACGAGAUCUGACGAAGGACCAAGUCUAUUCAAGCCGAAAGUUAUAGUGAUAUUAUCGCGUUUCCCUUUUUUCGAUUUAUUCAGAAACUGCUUAAAUCAGAUACUCUUGGCUUUAUUGGAAGCAGAAGAUAAAGCCGAAUUGAUGAUUUCAACGCUGCUCUCUCAGGUUUAUCUGACACCGGGUAUGCCUGCGGUAUCAUUUUGUUUAGGGAGUGAUCGACUUUCUGUACGGGCUCCCAAAUCGCCAACUAUACCUGUCACAUCUGAUAAAGUGACAUUAUUUCUUCAGCAGUUAGGAACAAUCCAUAAUAUUUUAACGUUGCUUUGUGCUGUUAUGACUGAUUACAAGAUAUUAUUUCGAUCCAGUUCACUUUCUUUGCUUGCUGAUAGCUGCUACGCUCUGCGUUCGCUUCUAUAUCCUUUUGAUUACCCGCAUACUUAUGUUCCUGUACUGCCUGAAUUACUCAUUGAGUACCUAGAAAGCCCAACUCCAUACAUAAUGGGUGUGUUAAACACCGUCCGUAUACGGUGUACUGAUUUAGAUGCAGUUGUAGUGGAUCUAGAUGUUGGUGCUGUUUACGUGCCACCUUCGAUUACAAUACCUGUAAUUCCUCAACCGUUCCAUCAGCAGCUCACUUCUUCAUUGCAAAUGGUACUAUAUCCCGGUUUGGCUACCGCGGAUUUUGCGUGGAAAGUUGGGCAGCCGCCAUUUCCUGCUUGUGAAGUACAGGACAAAAGAAUUCGAGCAUGUUUCCUUCGUUUCUUUGCGGAUUUGUUAGUGGGUUAUCGGUGUUGCUUGGAAGUUAUUCGUGUUUAUACGCCACCAUUAAUCGUCUUUCACAAAUCUGCAUUUCUGGGUUUACGGCAGUUUUCUUCGUGUCCACUUAUUCGUGCUUUUCUUGAUAGCUUGCUUUUCCAGUCUUUCAUAUCCGAACGCGGGUUACCGUUCCGGAUUUGCGACUUAUUCGAUGAACUUGUUGCUCAGAUUAGCGAACAGUCAAAUGGUCAGUCAACUUUACGAACAACCAGUAUAGAAAAUAUCAUUGAGAUUGCUGAAAAAUUACUUGAGAAUGAAAGACAAGAAACUCCGUUUUCAAUCACUCCAUUUGUAACUCGACAGCGAUUUACCAUUUCAUUUUCAUCUACAAAAUUACGUCUUCUUAAUAAUGAUUUGGUGUCACAGUCAAUCAAGCAUAAGUUAAAAACAACCCCAAAUAGUGUAGCACCCGUAUUAUGUCCACGUCGUGUCCAAGCUACGCCCUGGAUUACUGCUAAGGAAGAACGUAUGGGAGCAGUUUCCAGACGUUUACAAGUUCUUAGCAGCUGUUUGCAUCAUAUAUUUGAUUUCAAAUUAUCGGAUGCCAGAAAGAUAAUGUGUGCAGUAGAGUUAUCAAUGCGAAGCGUUAAUGCUCGCGUAGCAUUUUGUCAAUUGCUGUGGAAAAAUCUUGUCCCAAUCAACCGUGCAACGUUAUUCCCACAGCAGUUUGAAUUAAUUGUGCGAUUAAUGAACUGCGCUCUCAAUCGCUUGACAGCCGGUGUACAUCAGUUUGCAUACACUUGCAUUCAAGAACAUGCAGUAUGGGAUAAUCAGCAGUUUUGGGAGGCAGCAUUCUUUCAUGACGUCCAUCGACAAAUCAGGCGGCUUUAUUUACCGGCAAGGGAAGAGUCAGAUUGCCCAUUUCCACUGAAAGAAAAUGUGACGGACACAUGGAAUUUGAUGGAAAAACCUUCGGGAAUGGAUUUGGUCAGUGAUCAGCUAGCAAGUAUGUCAAAUGUUAGGGAUGAUGAAAUCGAGAAGCGUGCAGCAGAAGAAAACUCCAUUGUUUAUGGACAGGCUAAACAUUACAUCAAUCUGAUGGUAUACAUGCGAGUACCACUCGAUCUCUCAAAACUACGUCGCGUUAAUGUUCGUGAGCUGGAAAAGCGAAGCGAUCGAAAUGGUAGAAAACGCGAUUUUGAUGAAGAAACCGAAUUGUCGAUGAGUGAAAGUGAAGUGGAAAGUGGUUUUGUUGAAGCGGAUUCAACAGAUUUAGGGAACUCUACUGUCCGAUGGAUUAGCAGACUCAUCGAUCGUAUUUGCUCAUCAGCUGGUUUGGAACAACCGCAGAUUGAAAGCCUUUGUGGAGAAAUACCGGGCUUCGUUGCAUUGCACAUCGAUAAUCUGGAACAAGUUUAUACUGAAAGUAAACGUCUUUCGCCUUUGCAUAAGCCAAAAUUAUUACAACCAGCACUUUUACUACCAUCUGAACGUAUUGUUGCUGGAGGAUUGCGAGUAUUUUUAUUAGCCGAUGGACGUGUAACGAGCACAACGUGCGGUGAAACACCACAAAGUCUUCUUCCAGCUGAAGGAGCUAUUUUCCUUACCAAUUAUCGGGUUGUAUUCAAAGGGCAGCCUUGCGACUUAUUCCUAUGUGAGCAGGUAGUUGUGCGUUCAAUGACAGUUAUGUCAAUAACGAAGGAGAAACCGAUCGGUGAUGCUUCAUCUCAAAGUUCUCAGCUUGAGGGUAUUCCCGUACGUGUGGCACAUCAGUUACAUGAUGCCUUCCAGAUACGAAGUUCGGGUUUUCAACUCAUGAAAUUCGCGUUUGAUGAGGAAGUACCGAAUGAGAAAGCAGAGGAAUUCAUGGAAACUUUGAGUAGUUUACGAUGGGCAUCUGUUUUACCGCAUACGUUGUUCGCUUAUUCAGCUGCUUCAUCAAUACUUUCAUCAACGUUGGGUAGUAUCACAUCGAAACAUAAGUAUGGGACGAUGAAAGAAUUAAAGAAAGCGUUAAUGCGAAAUCCAUUGAAAGAAAGAAAACGAUUUCGAGCGCCACCUAAAGCAUUACCACCAAUUCCAAAAAAAUGGUGA